AUGUCUGAAGGCGUAGAAAGAUCUACUGAUGCAUCGAAACAUAGAACAAGACUGCCACUAUGGGCAUUAUCACCUCGAGAAGAGCAGAAAGCUCGUAGCAAUUUGAAAGAUUAUACGUACGAACAAUGUCACGAUUACGUAGAAGCCAUGGCCAAUUGUGCCAGAGAACAUGGUAUUAAAGUGUUCCCUGCAUGUGAUGUUCAACGUCAGAAAAUGAAAGACUGUCUCUUGUUCUAUCAACUGGAUGACAAGUAUCUCGAUCAUCAAAGGGAUUUAAUUAUUCUGCAGAAAAUCGAAAAACUUGAAUCACAGUUAAAUAAGAAGAAGGAGGGCAGUCUAUGA